UAAUUAAAAAGAGUGUAAACGUGUAUAAAGUGUAUGUAAUUAGUGUCACAUUUGGUUGUCAUCACUAAUAUUGUCUGAAGUGAUGAAAUCAAGUAUUUGAUGAACCAUUUGAUUAACUAUUUGAAGGAUCAGAUCCAGUGAUAGACCAAAAUGUCAGGAGAAGACACAUCAAUGUUGGAACCAUUAGACUCGUCGUUGCAAAACAUUAUCGACCAGAAGAGUCUUCGUUGGGUUUUUGUUGGCGGCAAAGGAGGCGUCGGGAAGACGACGUGUAGCUCUUCACUGGCCAUCCAAUUGUCGUACACUCGGGACUCGGUGUUGAUUAUCAGUACAGAUCCGGCACAUAAUAUCAGCGAUGCUUUUGACCAGAAGUUCUCCAAAGUGCCCACACCUGUAAAGGGUUUCAACAACUUGUAUGCCAUGGAGAUCGACCCCAACUUAGGAACGGGUGAAUUGCCUGACGAGUUCUUCGCUGAGUCGGAUCCCAUGAGAAUGAGUCGAUCAGUAAUGCAGGAACUGUUGGGUGCAUUUCCCGGCAUCGAUGAGGCCGUCAGUUACGCGGAAGUCAUGAAAUUAGUGCGAUCUAUGAAUUUCGAUGUCGUUGUCUUUGAUACGGCACCGACAGGUCAUACGCUUCGGUUGUUGUCAUUUCCCGCAGUCGUUGAAAAAGGUUUGGGAAAAUUGUUACGGAUUAAGAACCAAUUGGGACCUAUGGUUACUAAUGUCGCCUCAAUGUUGGGUUUGACUGAUAUGAAUGCCGAUGUAAUGAACAAUAAGAUUGAAGAGAUUUUGCCAAUUAUUAAGACAGUGAACGAACAGUUUCGGGAUCCAAACCAAUGCACAUUUGUCUGCGUCUGUAUCGCAGAGUUUCUAUCUUUAUAUGAAACCGAAAGACUGGUUCAGGAGCUAACCCGAGCCAAUAUCGACACUCAUAAUAUUAUUAUCAAUCAGCUAUUAAUGCCGAAAAAUGGUGAAACCGGUUGCUCUAUGUGUAAGGCAAGGAUUAAAUUGCAAAACAAGUAUUUGGAUCAAAUCAAUGAUCUUUAUGAAGACUUCCAUUUAACUAAACUUCCACUUCUAGAGGAAGAGGUUAGAGGUGUGGAUAAAGUAAAGACAUUCAGCAAAAAUCUGAUCCAACCCUAUAAGCCAUAACUAAAUAUUUAUUACUA